UGAAGAGAGAGAGAGAGCGAGAGCCAGCAGAAGCAGGAAGAAGUGGAGCGAGUAGGCCUUGUGUUGAAGCUCAGAUGCCUAAAAAUCCUAAAAACAUCACCAACUACAAGUUUCACAAGGAGCUGGGAAAAGGAAGCUUUGGAAAGGUUAUGCUGGCGUCGCUUAACAACUGCAGAGAUCAAGUGGCAAUCAAAGUGAUUCGGAAGACUACGAGUGUAGAGGACAUCCUGACGGAGGCGCGCACUCUCAGAAUCACUGGAGCUUGUCCCUUUCUCUGCCAUGGAUAUGGAGCUUUCCAAACGCAGAUGCAUGCGUUUCUUAUAAUGGAGUUCAUGAGUGGAGGGACCCUGGAACAGCUUAUAAAUAAGAGAGGUUGCCUGAACAGGGACAUCAUACAAUUCUAUUCUGCAGAGAUGAUCAUCGGUCUACAGUAUCUGCAUUCAUGUGGUAUUGUGCACCGAGAUCUUAAACCACCAAACAUCUUACUGAGCGCCGAGGGGCAUAUCAAGAUCAGUGAUUUCGGCCUAGCUGUAGAAGGGAUUUUCGGCAACAAGAAGAUGUACGAUCUAGUAGGGUCCUACCACUACAUGGCUCCAGAGAUUCAUCUGAUGAGUGGAUAUGGCGCAGGAGUGGAUUGGUGGGCAUUUGCCAUUAUUCUGUGCCAAAUGGCCGCCAGAAGAUCUCCAUUCCACGAAGGCUUGACACUGCUCAACAUCAUCGAAUCAGUCACCUUGAAGCAGCCUUCCAUUCCAGAGGAUAUCAGCCCUGAUCUGAAAAGUCUGAUGCAGGAGCUCUUUGAGAAGAAUCCAGACAAGCGCCUGGGCACAUCGGGGGAUAUAAGGAAACACCCGUUUUAUAGAUCGGUUGACUGGGCAGCGUUGGAGAACAGGAAGAUUCCACCUCCUUUCAAGCCACAAUCUGUAAGUCCAUCACUGCAGCAGCUCUAUCUGGAGGAAACAUCAUUUUCUGCACACCAAGUAUCAGGUUUAUUCUGGUGGGAUACGACCUGGGCAUAGUAGGCAUUUUACUUUAAUGGAGAAUUCAACCGUUUUCAAAAAAAACAAAAAAAACUACCAAUUGAGUCUCAAUGUAUUCUUUCACCUUUUGCCCACUUCACCUAUUGUAUUUCCCCAGGUCCCUUUAUUACAAGUUCAGUAAGUGUAUUGUGUUCAUGAUGUGGCUUCCUUCCAUUAUAGAGACAUUUUCAUUUGCCUUCUCCUGAAGUAACCAAUCAUUGCUAUUUUCUGUAAUUCAGCAGGUCCUUUCUCCUUCAGUGCUGUGGCUGGAGGUAUAUUCUUGAAACGCCAAACCCCCAUCCCCUUAGCCAGACUAUGACAAAUGUGGUUGGUGCUUGGCUGGUUCUGUUCUGGGCAA